AUGGGUAUCGGCCCUCUGGAUCGAAAUAGCAAUGGGAGCACGAGGUUCACUGGAUGUACCGGUAUCCGCGACUUUGAAUUUUUGGGUAAGCUCGGUGAAGGUACAUUUGGAGAGGUCUACAAGGCGAGAGCUAAAAGGGACGACUCCAUUGUCGCCUUGAAAAAGAUCCUUAUGCACAAUGAACGAGAUGGGUUUCCGAUUACCGCCCUCCGAGAGAUCAAGCUUCUAAAAAUGCUGUCCCACGCCAACAUCAUGCGACUCAGGGAAAUGGCUGUGGAGCGAGGUAAAGGGGAGGGGCGCAAGAAGGCUAGCAUGUAUAUGGUUUUCCCCUACAUGGAACACGACCUUUCAGGGCUUUUGGAGAAUCCUGCAGUUUAUUUCACUGAACCGCAAAUUAAGUGCUACAUGAUCCAACUCCUCGAAGGGCUAAAAUAUUUACACGGGAAUUGCAUCCUACACCGCGACAUGAAAGCGGCGAACUUGCUUAUAAGCAACCACGGUAUUCUGCAAAUCGCUGACUUUGGUCUGGCGCGGCCUUUCGACGAAGCACCUCCUCAACCCGGGAAAGGAGGAGGGGAAGCGAAGAGAGAUUAUACCACUCUGGUUGUGACUCGAUGGUAUCGCCCUCCGGAACUACUUCUGCAACUCCGUCGCUAUACAUCUGCUAUUGAUAUGUGGGGUGUUGGAUGUGUUUUUGGUGAAAUGUUCAAGGGAAAGCCAAUCCUCGCCGGUAACAGUGAUCUCAAUCAAGCACAACUCAUAUUCAGCCUUGUAGGCACUCCUACAGAAGAGAAUAUGCCAGGUUGGAGCUCUCUCCCAGGUUGUGAAGGCGUGAAAAGUUUCGGAAACAGGCCAGGGAAUCUUGCAGAGGUAUUCAAAAACCAAAGCCCUAUCGCCAUUUCUUUGUUAACCGAGCUCUUGAAACUUGAUUGGCGGAAAAGGGUGAAUGCGAUUGACGCGUUAAAACACCCUUAUUUCUCGACACCACCCCUUCCAGCGCGUCCGGGUGACAUUCCAACUUUCGAGGAUUCCCACGAACUUGAUAGACGGAGAUUCCGUGGACAGCGAGCUGCUAUGCCUCCAGCGCCUGCUGGAGGCUCUGUGGGGAUUGGUCGGAAUGGGGGGUGGUCAACUAAUUCAGGAAAUAGAACAAACGCAGAAGCUAGGAAUUCUCGUGUCCCCGGUGCUCCCCGGGGAGUGAAGGCAACUUCCAAUGGAAGCAUGGGGAACCAACGGCGCGAUACAUGGAAUAAUGAUUCCCAGCACACGCGGCAAAAAAAGAUUAAUGAGGAUUCAAACCAGAGUCUUCCGUCCCGGCAUAGAGACGGCGGUUUACCGCCUAAACCCCCAGCGCCAACACAUCAUGAACAGUGGAUGCCAGGCCAUCCCGAUAAAGGGGGGCGAGAUCGAGGAUACGGGCCUCGCUAUGGGGAUCUCGAAGCAAACGUCGAUUCAUAUGUUCCUAAUUACAGCGGGAGCGAUCGAAAUCGUGAGAGAGGUCAUGGGCCCACCAACUCCGACUGGCGUGGCUCAUAUCAUCAGAACAAGCUUGAUUAUUCACGAGAAAAUACAUCAAGGAGGCGGAGUCGGAGCCCUAUGUAUAGAGAACGAAUGGACAGGGGCUCAUAUCGCCGGUGA